AUGCAAGUGGGAACCACUAUUCAUACUUACAUUUAUAGAGAAUCUGAAAACCAACUCCUUCACGCCGGUGGUGUCAAGCGAAUGCGCCGCCGGAGAAGACGACUUGUUGUCGGCGCCGAAGAGACAACCAAGGCCAACUGGACACACCACCCAUCACAAGCAUAUACAUUGCAGCUCUGCGUCAGUCGACACUGUUUAGUCCUCCAUCUCUUCCACGCCCGGUAUGUCCCUCGAAUCCUCCGUCGGUUCCUCUCCGACCGUCGAAAUACCUUUGUUGGUAUCUGGAACUAUAGUGAUGAAGCCAAGCUGAGGGAGUCGAAGCACAACCUGUUUGUUUCUCAUCUUGUAGACGUUCAACAUGUUGCAGCAGCAAGAAUGGAUUUGAGUUUGCAAGCUUCCAUGGAGGCCUUGGUGGAAGCAAUUCUUGGCAGAGAGGGCGUCACUAAGCCUAGAGAAAUUGCAAUGUCCCUUGAAUCCUUCAUCGGUUCCUCUCUGAUCGUCGAAAUACCUUUGUUGGUAUCUAGAACUACAGUGUUGAAGCCAAGCUGA